UGCUUUAGGACUCAACCGGUCGAGGAAACUCUCUCGCCCUUUGUUCUCUAUCUCUCAGUUUCCCCCCUCUCUCUCUCUCCAUGUUGUUGGAUGCCAGACGUCUCAGGGUGACGGCGAGCUGUUGAAUGGGGGGUGGUGGCAAACAGUGAGUGUGAAGUGUGUGUGUGUGUGUGUGUGUGUGUGUGUGUGUGUGACAGCAUUCCUCUUCCUCUGGGCGCGUGCAGAAGGUGAAGAAGACGGAGACGAACGCAGAAGCUCCCGGUAACUCAGAGCGGUGAGUCACUUCCAGCCGUCGCACACAGCAGCAACAGCUGGUGGAUCAUUUAACAGACGUCCUGCCUCAGUCCUGAGUCCAACGUUCAGUCCUUUUCUGCAGAGGAGAGACACCGGUCCACAGGAUGUCCAGGUUGUGGUGACUCUGGAGAAGAGAUGAGGCUGUGGGGCCGAGGCAGACUGACUGGAAAAUGCUAAAACACUGAGACGCUUCUCAGCUGUCGUUCACCAUUUUCCCUCAGAGCAACUUUUCUCACCUGAACCUGUGAAAACAAGAGGCGGCCACCUGGUCGAUCCCAACAUGGCUGCUGUGUGCGUGUGGUUGUUGCUGCUGGUGGUGACGGCCGUCUGCAGGGGGAGUCUGGUCGUGGUAAACUCAGGCCUGGACGUCACCAGGGGUCGCUCGGCGUUCGUCACAGAGAAGGUGCUGAAGAUCGACGUGGAUCCGAGCGCCGACUGUAAGGUGGAGGUGGUGAUGAACGAACCCGUCUCUCAGAGAGUGGGGAGGCUGACGCCACAGGUGUUUGACUGCAGCUUCCUGGAGGACGAGGUCAAAUACGUCCACAACGGCAGCCCUCUGCUGAACGAGGACACGGUGAUGCUCAGAGUCUACAGGUUCACGUCCUCAGACACGCUGGUGGAGACGGUGGUCCUGCCGGUGCGGGUGGUGGACUCGGGGUCCGGUGUGGUGGAGCUGGGCAGCGCUCCCCUGGUGGUGCCUCAGUUCUACGGUUUAUCCAACGCCAUCGACGGCGCCGUGCUCAGCAUCAGGACCGCGGCCGACCUGGUCUGCACCGUCAGGCUGAUGACCGCCGACGCCCACGUCCCCGCUCUGGGUCAGCUGGUGAGGGAGGAGGACUCCACCCAGAGGAAGGGCAGAGAGACGGCGGCGCUCUGUCCAGGAAACAAACCCUGUCGUCACGACGCCAAAGAGGUCCGGUUCCUCAAAACCAGCUGCCAGGACUUCCUGAGCUCCGGCCUGAAGUACCAGCACCUCAGCCCUCCGUCACCGGAGAUCGACUACAUCCCCAUCAGGGUGGAGCUGAGGGAGAAGGCCACCAGGGCCCUGCUGGAGACAGAGGCGGCAUGGCUGCCGGUUUUGAUCCACGGCGCGAUGCAGAACCAGCCGCCGAAGGCCGCCUUCAUGGCCUCCUUCAUCCUGGAGGUGGACCAGUUCAUCCUCACACCGCUCACCACCGCCGCCCUGGACGCCAAGGACCACGAGACGCCGCAGGAGAGGCUGGUUUUCAACGUGACCGCCCCGCCCGCCGAGGGCUACAUCACCCACCUGGACGACCACACCAAGCCGAUCAGGUCCUUCACCUGGCUGGACCUCCACGAGAUGAAGGUGGCCUACCAGCCGCCCAACAGCAGCCAAUCACAGCGCAGGAAUUACGAGGUGGAGUUCCAGGCCAUAGACGGUUCCUACGCGACCAGCCCACCCAUCGUGGUCCACAUCUCCAUCAGGGCGGCCGAAACAAACGCACCCAGAGUCUCCUGGAACAUGGGUCUGGACCUGUUGGAGGGUCAGUCCCGACCAAUCACCUGGGAGGAGCUGCAGAUAGUCGACAACGACAACAUCGACGCCGUCUACUUGGUGGCUGUGGACGGACCUCUGCACGGGCGUCUCAGUGUCAGAGGUGGGAAGGCGUUCAUGUUCCGUGUUCGGGACCUGAGGGAGGGCGUGGUCGUCUACCACCACUCCGACAGCGACACCACCCGGGACCACAUCGUCUUCCGCAUCAGCGACGGCCGUCACAGCAUCCGCCACAAGUUCCCCAUCAACAUCCUGCCCAAAGACGACUCCCCGCCGUUCCUCAUCAACAACGUGGCGGUGGAGGUGGAGGAGGGCGGCGCCGUGAGGCUGGAGGAGUACAUGCUGCUGGCCUCCGACCUCGACUCCAGCGACGACUACAUCCUCUACCAGGUGGUCUCCUCCGCCCGGGCCGGGCAGCUGGUCAGGAAGACCUCCACCCAGGAGACAGGAGUCCCAGUGGACAGUUUCCUGCAGAGAGACCUGAUCCAGGGUCAGAUCUACUACCAGCACUCAGGGGAGGAGCAGUUCGAGGACUCCUUCGACUUCACGCUGUCCGACAGCCACCAGCCGCCCAACCUCUCCCAGACAUACACCGUGGUGGUCCACGUCUUCCCGGUGAAGGACCAGCUCCCGGUGGAGGUCCCCGGCAGCGUCCGCUCUCUGACGGUGAAGGAGACGGAGGUGGUUUACAUCACUCAGUCUCACCUGCACUUCACGGACAGAGAACAUCCAGGCACCGACCUGACCUACGUCAUCACGCAGCCCUGCUUCAGCCCGCUGCAUCCUGGGCUGAUGGACGCAGGACGUCUGUUCUACACGGACACCACCAACGCCAUGAAGAGGGACCACAUGGUGCCGGUGUUAAAGUCCUUCACGCAGUUUGAAACACAGAAACAGACUCUCUGCAUCCUGAACUAUUCAACACCGUUUAAACACACUCCCGCUGUGAUUUCCCAGCAUGCCGUGAACCACAUGAAAGUGGCCUUCAUGCCUCCCGUGGAGGACAUCGGCCCCACGCCGCUGUUCGUCCAGUUCGUCUUCUCCGUCAGCGACCACCACGGCGGCACCGUCUCCGGCCUCCUCUUCAACAUCACCGUCACCCCCGUGGACGACCAGGCGCCAGAGGCCUUCACCAACCUGCUGCGGGUGGAGGAGGGCGGAGGGGCCUUUGUGACGGAGGAGCACCUCCUGGUCCAGGAUCGGGACAGCGGGGAGGAGGCUCUGAGGGUGGAGGUCCAAAGGACGGCUCGUCACGGUCGACUGGAGCUGCAGGGCCGGACGCUGCUGCAGGGAGACCGGUUCACCCUGCAGGACCUAAGAGGACUGAGACUCAGGUACAUCCAUGACGACUCUGAGACCACUGAGGAUGAAGUCGGACUGAAGGUGACGGACGGUCUGAACUCAGCUGACGUGGUCUUACCGAUACAGAUCCUGCCCAUGAACGACGAGCCUCCGCAGCUGGGCGGAGGUCUGAGGGGGGAGCUGAUCUGUGAGGAAGGGGGCCGGGUCCAGGUGACGGUGGACUACCUGUCGGCCACAGACCGGGACAGCGACGACUCCAGACUGACCUACAUGCUGGCCCGGAGUCCGGGCAGAGGGGAGCUGCAGAGAGCCGGACUCACUGUGGACAAGUUCUCCCAGCAGGACCUGCUGCAGGGCCACAUCUACUACGUCCACACGGGAGGAGAGGUCGGACCUGAGCCCGUGUCCGACACCGUCACCCUCAUCAUCUCCGACGGCGAGGCUGGAGGGACGGACAGCUGUUGCCAUGGAGACGCCCCGCCCCCGCCCGUCCCCCUCCACGGCACGCUUCCCGUGUACGACCUCAACAUCACCGUCCUCCCCGUCAACAACAAAGUCCCCAUCGUGUCUCUGGGUGAGUCCAUGCUGGUGGUGGAGGAGGGCUCCUCGGCCUGUCUGUGUGGGGGGGUCCUGGGAGCCUCAGACCCCGACAGCCCCCCUGACCAGCUGACCUUUCACCUGGAGACCCCGCCCCUGCACGGCUUCCUGGAGAACACGCUGCCGACGCCCGGCUCGGAGAAGAGCAACGCAGGAGUCCGAGUCGAAUCCUUCAGCCUUGUCCACCUGACCUCUGGUUUCAUCAACUACGUCCAAUCAGAGCACAAGGGGGCGGAGCCGACGGUGGACCAGCUGUCCAUCAGCGUGAGCGACGGGCUGCAUCGCUCCGCCCCCGUCCCCUUCUACAUCAUCAUCAGUCCGACCAAUGACGAGACGCCUUCUCUGCUGCUCGCCGACUUCAGUGUGAAGGAGGGCGGGAUCAGGGAGCUGACUCCCUCCAUACUGGACGCUCUGGACCUGGACGCCCCUCCGGACCUCCUCACCUUCACGGUGGUGCGGCCGCCGGCUCACGGCCGCCUCAUCAACGCCAUCUACGACGCCGACCUGAGCCGCUACAGAGCGAUGGGAGCCGAGCUCCUGCAGAGGAGCCUCCCCGUCACCUCCUUCACCCUGCAGGAGCUCCGAUCAGGCAUGAAGAUCGUGUACAUGCACGAUGACACAGAAACCCUGAAGGACGCCGUGGCUCUGCAGCUGACAGAUGGCGUCCACACAGUCCAGGGGACGGCUCAGGUCACUGUGCUGCCGGUCAACGACGAGAAACCACGACUGCUCAAGAAUGCUGGGUUGGAGGUGGACUCUGUGAGCAGGAGGGUGAUUUCCAGCGUGGCUCUGGAGGCCGAGGACGUGGACACCCCCCCAGACCAGGUGUACUACUUCAUCAACGCUGCGCCGCGGUUUGGAAAACUGCAGCUCAGGACGGAGUCGGGGUGGACCGAGCUGUCGGCCGCUCAGAACUUCACCCAGGACGACGUGGAGAUGAACCGUCUGUGGUACAAACACACCUGCCGCCGCCUCCGCAACACCGCCAGCUUCAGAGGUCACGACAGCUUCCGCUUCACCCUCAGCGACCUGGACAACGAGUCUCCGCCUCAGAGCUUCUUCAUCUCCGUCCACACUGUGCAGAAAGGUGACAUAGUGCUGAUGAGCAAGGCAGUGCACCUGAGGGAAGGGCAGCGGGUCGUCCUGAACACCGACAUCCUGCUGGCAUCAGACUCGGCGGGUCGUCCGGAGGAGCUGGUCUACGCGGUGUCGAUCCCGCCUCGACACGGCCUCGUCCACGCCGUCCAGCAGCCCGGAGUCCCGCUGACCAGCUUCACGCAGCUGGACGUCGCCGCGCACCGAGUCUGCUACACCCACGACAACAGCCACGAGUCCGAGUCCGACUCCUUCAGUUUCGUCGUCACCAAUGGCGCCUCGUCCCGCAGCGGCUCCCUCCACUUCACCAUCGAACACGGCGACCGCAUCCCCCCAACCCUCGACCGCAACGCCGGCCUCCGGCUGCAGGACGGAGCCACGGAGACCGUCACCUCCGACCGGCUGCGGCUCACCGACCCCGACACCGCCGCCGCCAACCUGAGCUACGUCGUCACGCAGCCGCCGCGCCACGGUAAGCUGCUGCUGAGAGGAGUCCCGCUGACGCCGCCGCUCAGGUUCACCCAGACGGACGUGGACGGCCUGAACCUGGCUUACCGGCACGACCUGGGCAGCCCGGCGGAGAUCGACAGGUUCUACUUCCUGCCGACCGACGGGAACAACAGAGGAUACCUGGAAUUUGGACAGCUGAGAGAAGAGCCAGCGGUGUUUAACAUUCAGGUGGAUCGGGUGGACAGGACGCCCCCCAGUCUGACCACCAGACGGAGUCCCAGCACGGUGGUGGAUCUGGGCGGCGGGCGUUAUGGCAUCUUCAUCACCAACAAACACCUGCAGGCCUCCGACCCCGACAGCCCCACGGAGGAGCUGGAGUUCUCCAUCAGCAGACCGCCACACUUUGGCUACCUGGAGAACGCCCUCACAGGAGCCUACAUCAAAGGUCGUUUCACCCAGCGGGACGUGGACCAGAGAGCCGUGGUGUUCGUCCUCCCGGCCGACAUGGAGGUGACGGCCGACAGCUUCCAGUUCCGCCUCACCGACCCGGCAGGAAACACCAUGCUGCCUGAAAUACUGGAGCUGUCCUGGUCUCGGGUGGAGUUGUCAGCGACCUGCUACAGAACCUGUGAGACAGCAGGGACUCUUCAGAUCCAGAUCCAGCGCAGCGGGAGGAGCAUCGAUCCGGCCUACGUUGCUAUCCAGGUGGAGGAAGGAUCGGCCAAACCGGGCAGAGAUUUCACUCACAGCACCGCCGCCCUCAUCCAGUUUGACCCAGGAGUCAGUGUGAAAACCUGGAACGUUCACCUGAUAGACGACGGUCUGGAGGAAAACCACGAGACCUUCACUGUCGCCCUGAAAAACCCGAAGAACGCCGUCCUGGGACAGAGGACCUCUGCUAGUGUUGAGAUCAUUGACCCCAGAGGAGGGAGGUGUGACCCGGACGAACUGGUGGAGGAGGACGAGAAGCAGCUCCCCCCUCCUCCUCCCAAGCCGGAGGAGGAGGAGGACCCCGUCACCGACAUCGAGGCGGAGCUGCUGUGGGAGAACCAGCCUCACCCUCCCAGAGGAGAUGUCCCGAACCGCCGGCCCUACCUGGACUACGGAGAGGGGGAACCACAGGACCAGGCCGCCCCCAGCUACGACCACAUCCACCACCACAGCAGGCAGCUGCCGGGGACAGGAGCUGGGAGCACUGGACACAGAGUCAGAGGAGGACUAAAGGUUCAUCUGUCAGGAGAGAGGAAGUCUGAGGAGAAAGUCUGGACGUUCCACAGUCUGACUCCUCUCCGGCUGGAGGAGCUGAAGCCGGGUGAUGCUGAGUGGAGCUGGUCGCCUCCCGGUCACCUCCAGCAGCCGCUCCGAGUCGGAGAUGCUCCUCAGAUGGAUCAUCCAGCACAAAGACACCACCCGGAGCUACGUCAGCACAAAACAGGGAAGUCGGUCAGCAGCUCGUGUCCUGACGGUUGGACUCACUACAGGAGACGUUGUUACAUCCUCAGCUCGUCUGUGGCCAGCUGGGCCAGCGCCGAGAGGACCUGCUCUCUGCUCUUUAACAGCAGCCUGACCAGCGUGAAGUCCAGGAGAGACAUGACCUGGCUGUGGAAGUUUGCCGGGAAGAAGCCAUUUUGGAUCGGUCUGUCUGGAGGUCCGGGUCGCUGGAUGUGGGCUGACGGUCGGUCCGUGUCCUUCUCCAGACUGAGGGGGGCGCCGCAGGGUCGCGUCGGGUCUAACGACGGCUCGGACUGCGUGCUGGUCGAAAACCCCAGGAGCUGGAUUUCCACGAGCUGCUCCGCCGAAACUCAACAUACAUUCAUCUGUUCGUCAGCGGCCCACACUCACUGAGAGACGCGGCAUAUUUACCGCCAUCAGCCCGUCAUAACGACCCGUGUGAACUAAGUCAUAUUUAAUGUUACGCAAUGACGCUGCUCUGUACAUUAGGUUUCAUAUGUUUGUCAUAAUAAAGAUUGCUGCGCAAAACUAAAUUCUUGACAGUUUCAAUACGUCAGUUCUCAACAUUGUUGGUAUAAAAGUCAACAAAUAACAGAAUGUGUUCAAAACUGAACAAAAAUAAACCAUCACAUCAUCAAA